AUGCACUCAGUAAUAGUAGUGAAUUUUAGUGAAAAGGAAGUUGAAAUAAAGAACAAAGAGGUAAAAAAGAAGAGACGGGUCGUGGACGUGUACGAUGUAAUGGACCCGUUCUAUCAGGAAGACGAAGAAGUGAAUACCUUUGAGUGCAAAUACGAGAACUUCUAUUGUUUAACAGGCGAGUCGGCAGUAGAAAGGAGAAAAGAGGCUGAGAUUGAGUAUGAGGAAAAGCUAAGAAAGGAUAAAAAAGAGACAGCACGUGAACGAUAUGUAAAACAAAAGCAGGAAAAGCUAGAAGAGUAUGCAGCUUCUUCUCCAGAGGGCAGGGCGGCAGUGCUAGAUAAAAUAGCUAUACUUGAAUUAGUGACAACACAGGAGCUAGAUGCAAAAAGUCUGGCAGAAGAGGUUGUAAAUAAGUGCCCAGACGAGAAUAUAAAAGAGCUCGAAAAAGUUCUAACAAAGACCUUUAGCAAAGAAGGAAUGGAGGAAAUGUAUGCCAAAGCUGAGGAAAAGAAGAACGCGCUAGGUGAGGAGGUAAAGGUAGAGUCCGUGAAAAGGAUUAAGAAGGAUGAAGCAACAGGAAGGCCAGAAAUUCAGUUCGAUCCUAAGUUCCUUGACCUUUUAGUAAAGUAUACCGAUGUGGAGUACUUGAUGUUUUAUAUAAAGCUAUUUCUGUCCGGCAAGAAAAGAAUAUUAGAGCAUAAAGUAAAGAAGAAUGCGAUACGCGCACUACACGAGUACUUCCCAGUAGAGUGCCGAUCUAUGUCACUAGGAAAGAAAAUAGCAUCGCAUGUAAUAAAAAAAAGAAGACGCGGGCAGAUGACUCAGUCUGAGGGAAAUGCUGAUGCAAAUAGCAAUACAGACGAAGAAGCACAGGAUACAGAAGAAGUAUCAGUAGAAAAAGAGGAAUCAAUGGCAAAAGAAUUCCCAGUGGAAAAAGAAGAGCUGAAAAAAGAAGAAGUUCCAGAGGCCAUUCCACAAGCCAACCUAGAAAAAAGCACUCAUAUACCCAAAGAGAAGCUUUUAGAAGAGCUUUCAAAAAACCAGAGACAUCCUGAGAUCAUGCAAGAAAUUACAGCUGCAGAAAACUCCUUAGCAGAAGAGCAUUCUAUGCAUAGUCAAACAGACUCUUCCAUCAUCAAAAGUAGCACAGUGCAAGAUGAUAGCUUAAUAAUCCCUAGCUCGCCUACCAUAAACCCAAGUACGCUAGUAUACGCACCAUUUCCUCCUGUGCAAACAAAAGAGAAGAAGCAGACUAAGCCCCGCAAAGCAGCUACCCCAAUUAAGCGUGGGCUUGGAAAACAUAGGCCGCCGAUGGAUGAGGUUGAAGAGCCUUCUAUAGAUGCCGAUGUGUCUCAGAAUGAUUCAAAAGAAAUUCUAGAUAGUAAAGAUGAAGUGUCUAGAGAAACACUGCUAUCUACGCCGACUAAAAUAGUCAAGACCCGAAAAGCACCUCUAAAAAGUGCCAAGCUGACUAAAGAAAAGAAUACAAGACUUCCAGCUAAUCCAGCUAAAAAGCAAAAGAGCGCUGCUAAGAGCCCAAUAAAGCGCAAAAAUGCAAAAGAAACCUCUGUUUUAAAGGAAAAGGAAGACGAAUCCAUAUUAGAUGAAAAAACAAUUGAAACAACAGAAACAAAUGAUACACACCAGGGCAGUUCAGACAAUCUUGAGGAUAUAGAUAUGUAA